AUGACAUACAAUGCUUCCUUUGCAUAUUCACCUUAUGCACAUCACUGGAAGUUCACCAAGAAGUUGAUCACGAAUGAGCUCCUAGGCGGCCGUAGCGUGGACAACUUUUCAGCCAUCCAAAACCAAGAGUACGUGAGGCUUCUGAGGCUGUUAGCCAAGAAAGUUGAGACUUGCGAAUCAGUCAACCUCAGAUUUCGGAAGAGAACCAAGACCAUACAUAAGAAGUUCGAUGAAUUGGUGGAGAAGGUGAUCGCUGAACGUGAAGAGUUGAGGAAGAUGCAGAAGAAAGGCAACACUGCAGAAGAAAAGGAUGUCAAGAGCUUUCUUGAUAUUUUGGAGGGUGAGGGUAGUGAGAAUUUGGAGGUUGAAUUUUCAAGAAAUCAUGUUAAGGGUCUAAUCACGGAUUUGUUCGCGGCUAGCAUAGACACAACCUCCAUUUCAAUGGAAUGGGCGCUGGCAGAGCUUAUCAAUCACCCAGAGAUGCUUACAAAAGCAAGGGAUGAGAUAGAUCGAGUCGUUGAAAAUGGACGAUUAGUCGGAGAAUUGGAUGUUCCCAAUCUUUCCUACAUCCAAGCCAUCAUAAAAGAAUCAUUUAGGCUACACCCACUAUUGACUUUAGUCGCAAGAAAAUGUGUAGAACAAUAUAAGGUUGGCAAACAAGUCAUUGCCAAAGACAUUUGGGUCAUCGGAAGAGAUCCUAAGAAUUGGGAAAAGCCAUUAGAGUUUUGUCCUGAAAGAUUCUUACAACUUGAUGGGGACAACAAGGCAAAUGCAAUAGAUGUUAGAGGACAAUAG